GUCCGGAUCUCCUUGAAAAUACCAUCCUGUACCAAUCAAUAGACCGUACCACCAUAGAUGCUAUUUUCACAUUCAUUUCGCUGGGAACUUCUUUCCUAUCGUUGAGCACCCGAAUCAAGACAUUCUAUUUUCCAUUUCUAGUCAGCGAUGUUAAAUCCACCCCGCAGGAUGGAAUACGCAGCCUUCAAUCGUAGAGUCAUUUCUGUGACGGGAUGACUGUUCUUUUGAGUUUCUUGCUCGAAGUCAUAUCCUUAGUCCUACUCAUCUCGAGUCCUAUUAUAUAUAUUGCCAACCCUCGAUCGAAUUUUUGCGGACAUCAAGAAAAAUGGACAAAUUGCACCAGGACCUUUUAUCCAGUCGGAAUUAUGCCGGUUCAGCGCAAUCCAUCAAUGAACGGCAACGCCUAACAGGCCACGCAAGGGAUCCAGCCCGGAAACCAAGGGUGUUGAUCGUAGGCGCCGGAGUUUCUGGAUUACGUUGUGCUGAUGUGCUAUUGGCUUCUGGAGUCGAUGUCACCAUUUAUGAAGCCCGGAAUCGCAUUGGAGGCCGACUGGCGCAAGCAUCUCUUAGGGGGCAUACAGUCGACCUUGGCCCGAACUGGAUCCACGGGAUAAAAGACAAUCCGAUCAUGCAGCUCAUCAGCAAAACGAGUACGGCGGUUUAUGAUGUCGGCGAAGAGCAAGCCAUUUGGCAACCGGACGGAAAAAGGAUGUCUAAAGAAGACGUUGAGUACUAUUGGAACUUCUUGUCAGAGACCCUGGACGCUGCGUCCAAAUAUUCAAGACAAAAUUCAAGUCAAGGCAUUUUGAUUCCACUCGAUAUGAGCUUGAUGGACUGGAUAACGCUCAGGAGUCUAGAACAGUUCCGUCAUGAAGGCUAUGACGAAGCGGCUGUUAAAGCAAAGACUGCCAUUGUCACUGGACUCGCAACAAGCUGGGGCAAUAUUAUUGGGGAGCCCAUCAGUUGCCAAAGCCUAAGAUACUUCUGGAUGGAAGAAAACCUCGACGGGGAUAAUCUUUUUGUGGCUGGAACAUAUGAGGACGUUCUUCAAGAGAUCGCAAAACCUGCGAACGAUAACGGCAUCAUUCUAUUUGGAAAAGAUGUUGUUCGAAUUUACACACCAAGAAACGACGAGAGCGACCAAGUCAUCGUCUUGACUGCGGACCAAGAAGAGGAAGAGUUUGACGAUGUUAUCGUAACGUGCCCCCUCGGAUGGCUGAAACAUAACAAGCGUUGUUUCUCACCUGCUCUCCCGAAGAAGUUGGAGCAGGCCAUCGAUUCCUUGGGGUAUGGAUGCCUAGACAAGAUUUAUAUCACGUUCCCGGAAGCAUUUUGGAACGGACCACCGUGCUGUAGGACCUCAACGGGCGAGGGCGAAGGCUCAUCUUCCGAUACACCGACGUCUUCAGCAUCUACUUCAUCAGUGACUAGAACAGAACUACUAACACGGCCAAUGACUGAUACUGCACCUGAACUCCCUACAAUCCUAUCAUGGACCUCCCCAUCCUAUGCUCGCGAUACGAACCCCGGGAAAUGGUCACAAGAAGCAAUUAACCUUGCCAACCUUCCAAAUCAUUGCUCACACCCAACUCUUCUCUUCUACAUCCACGGACCGUGUUCGCGCUAUAUCGCACAUCUGCUCCGCUCCAACUAUCCGACCACGGAGCGUGACGCAUCAUCUGACCAGGUCGACUCCAGACUGUUCGAGUUCCUUCGCCCGUACAUCUCCAAACUCCCCAACUACGACCCCUCCAGCCCGUCCUGCCAACCGCUCGCCACGCUUGCCACGCUCUGGACCGCAGACCCGCUCAGUGGUUACGGCAGUUACACGAACUUCCCCGUCGAGCUAUUCAAGGGAGAGGAAAAGCUGCUUCUUCUACGAGGUGAGCUCCGUACAGAAGACGAUCCUCACGACGGUGAGGAGGAUGGCGGGGCGGAGGUCAUGGCGAGACGAGGUGUGUGGCUUGCCGGGGAACACACGGCACCAAUUAUUGCCGUCGGUACCGUUGCAGGUGCCUAUCUAGCUGGCGAGAACGUGGCCAGGAAGCUAUUAGCAACGCUGGGGAUGGCUGACGGGGGUGGGUAGGGUUGGCAUAAACGGGUGGACAUGAUAAUAGUGCCGACCAUUUGGGGAGGAUGAAGUUGAUGGCGCAGUUACCUUGACGUACGCUCCCGACCCUGCUGAGCUAGAAGAAUUGAAUUUUAAAAUAUGGAAUGGGCAAAAGCUUUCGAGGCCCUGAGGGCUACAAAGCUGAUCUGUCAGUGCUAUCAGCCAAGACUAACAUUUACAGUUUUAAUUCUAGUCACGAAUAUAAGCCUAAUGGUAUGCUUAAGUGAAUGGCAGGUGAAUUGGAAUCCACGAUUUGUAGGCAAGUAUCAGAAGGGUUUGGGAAAAGCGUUUGGACAAAUUCCUGAUACACUCCGGCUGAAGGUUUCACCGCGGUAGAUAAUGUAUGCAGAUCUGAGAUUUGUUCCGACCGGCCCGGCCGAAGUAAAACAUCAAGAUAAAGCAAGUAGGUUAGUUUGAUGGUUUCGAC